UCAGCACAGUGCUGUACCUGACUCACUUUUCUAGUUGCUCUUUAUUGUCAACACAUUUCACAGUAGAUAAACGAAAAAAAUGAUUUGGAAAAUUAUAUUUUUCUUGCCGUGUUUCAACGUUGUAGUAUGCCCACGUUGGUGGAGAAGUCAGUACCCGGAACCAUACCGCAGUUUUGUAAGUUGGUUAAAUGAUCGAGCCGUAACCAAUGUAGAAAUGUCAACUUGGGAUAGUGAUCCUAGCCAAACAUCAAAAGAUACCGUAAGGGAACAAUUGAGGUUAAGUAGGUGUCCAGCUGCUGAUGUGGGAAGACUUAUUACGAACAGUGAUAAAAUUACAUGGCCUACUCAAAUAAAAUCAAGUCAGACAGAUUCCAGAAACAUCAGCAGUAGUCGCGGCGUGUUCUGA